CGUGCGUCAUAUUGUGUCAUUAGCGCGUGAGUUUUGGCAAGACGCUUGAGUUAUUCUCCGUAGUCCAUCAGUUCCAAUCUACGCGUUUUUUUUUCCGUGUUUGUGUUUGUUUGGACUGGAAUCUGAAAGCACCACAUGAAAGACGGGAUUUGUUUAAGUGCUGUAGAGGAAGAAAGCAAGGCAAACAGCAAAAUAACACUGUAAAAUGGAUUCUAAAACGUCGCUGUUGGAUGACAACCUGUAUGAACUUCGAAACGAACGCAUUACCAUUAACGUUGGAGGGUUCCGAAACAAUACCUUUCUCGAGACUUUGAGAGCCAUUCCAGACACAAGACUCUCCUGGAUGGCUGAGAAUCAUCCGAAUUGUCCAGAAUAUGACCAAGUUCUGGGCGAGUAUUUUUUCGACCGACAUCCGAGGGUAUUCUCUGAGGUUUUGAAUUACUAUCGUACUGGAAAACUGCACUGUCCCGUCGAUAUAUGUUCGAAGCUUUUCCAAGAGGAGUUGUCUUAUUGGGGGAUAAAUGACCGUGAUAUGGAACCAUGUUGUUGGGUUCACUAUAAACGACAAAUAACCACAGAGGAAACCCUUAAAUCAUUCCAUUUAGAUAAUGCAAGAAAGGUCGAUAGAAGGGAAAGAUGGAGGGCUCGGAGACGAAGCAAUGCGUUGAAGGAAUUUCUCGGCUCGGAAACUCAUUUGAAGAGAGGACUACGUGAAAGAUGGAACAAACUUCAACCCGCUGUUUGGUCGUUCCUCGACGAUCCGCACUCUUCCAGAGCUUCGUGGAUAUUCAUUCUUAUCUGUUGCCUACUGAUCGUGGUCUCAGUAACUCAGUUCUGUCUCGGCACAGUGGCGUCAAUACGCGAAGACAAGUCAACCGUCAAGAUUCUCGAGUUGUUAGACACCAUUACCUCUAUCUGGUUUACUAUCGAGUUCGUGCUGAGGCUGGUAUUUUGUCCAAAAAUUUUUCUUUUCAUAAAGAACCCGAUGAAUUGGAUCGACUUUAUGGCCAUUCUACCUUUCUACUUCCGCAUGGUUCAUCUUGAGGGGACAAUAUCGUGGCUGAUCUUGAUGAGAACUUUAAGGAUAUUCAAAGUGUUUAGUCUUUCGUUCUCGUUCCAGAUCCUGUUUCGUUCUCUUAUUUCCAGCAAGAACGAGCUGUUCCUGGUAUUUGUCAGCUUACUGGUACCUAUAAUACUCUUCUCCAGUAUGAUAUACUUCGCCGAAAAAGACCAAAAUACUCAACAUUUUCAAAGCAUCCCAGAAUCCUUUUGGUGGGCAAUUAUCACGGUCACUACCGUCGGUUACGGUGACGUAUGUCCGAUUACCAAAUUAGGCAAAGUCAUAGGAGCCUUGUGUGCUAUUUGCGGCGUUGUCAUAGUAGCACUUCCGGUUUCUGUGAUUGGUAGUAACUUCUCUUAUUAUUAUAUUCAAGCGCGCACGCGCGUCCAGCAGCCAAGACGCGCCAAAACUCAAACGGCGGUCUCUCGGGUACCUGCCAACGUCAUGCAUCGGCACUUCCCGAGCAGGAGAAGCAUGAGUUACUCAGUGAAUGGUAGCGUCCACGGAAGAUCAAGUGUUGGAAGAAACAGAAAAAUAAACGGUGCUGCUAUUGUCCGCAAAAGACAGAGACAGAAAGCAGCUUCAGAAAAUUCAAACAAUUCGUUAGAGUUGACUGAAAUGAUAGAACAAGAAUCAGAAAUCUAAAAGUCAGUCAAAACGAAUUUUUCUUUGUGUAUGUGUGUGGUUUUGUAGCUCAAAGGAUUUA